AUGGCGAUGCGCGGACGUCUCGGGUCGAGCCUCGCGCGGGACGGUGGCGCCGCGCGGGCGCGGGGGGGACGACGGGCGCGGGCGUGGACGCGGACGCGGACGCGGACGCGGGCGAGCGAUGGCGUGGGCGCGGAUGUCGAGAUGGGCGACGAGGGAUCGGCGCGGGACGAUGGCUCGCGCGCGCGAAGGACGGGACGCGACGCGAGUGAGGGCGUCGAGGACACGGUGCGGACGGUUGAAGACGACGGGGCGUUCGCGUCCGGGUCCGUGGUGCUCGGACGGGAUGGCUCGGUCGUCGCGGAGGCUGCGUUGGCGCUCAACGACGACGCGGCGCGGUAUUCGGUUCAAAACGGACGCGAGACGACGACGACGGGAUCGUCGACGAGGGGCGCCGUGGGUGGAAAUUUUGCCGUCGCCACCGCUUCGGUGGGUGACUUUGACGACGAAGAAGAAACGGAAGAGGUGAACGACGUCCCGGGGAUUCGCGCGCCGACGCAAGGAUGGUACGGCGGCGGCUUUGACGCCCCGGAGGGCACGGUGCCGCUCCCGCUUUCGUACUAUCAAAUCUUGGGAUUGUCGCCGGCGCGAACGACGCCGAACGCGCUUCCACGAGCGGCUCUCGCCGUGAUGGACGCCCCGCUUCCCGAGGGUUACUCCGUGCAACUGCUCGAACAACGACUGAGUCUCAUCGACGAAGCCGUGGCGGUGCUCAAGGAUGAAGAGGCUCGCCGACAGCACGAUGAGGACAUUCGCGAAGGUGUGCUCACUCCGGUGGAAGCGCAUCGCGCCGCCGCCGCUCUGUGCUUACUUCAGGAGGCGGGCGAGUACGAAUCCGUGAUGGAGUUUGAGCCCGUCGUCGCGCAGUGCGUGAGCGGACGCAGGCACCGCAAGGAUGUCGCGCUCACCGUCGCGCUCGCUCUGUGUGAGUUCGGCCACAUGGCGCUCAUGGCGAAUCCGCCUCGCAUCUCCGAGGGUUGCGAACUGCUCGAGAUGGGAUCGAAGACGCUCUCGAGUGUCGGCCGGUCGUUCGCGCCGGAAGUUCGUCGCAACAUCUCGGCUUUAUAUCACGACGUCGCUCCGGGCUAUGUGCUCGAAUUGUUGUCGAUGCCGCUCGAGGCCGAGUCGGAGCGCGCCCUGGGCGUGCGCGCCCUUCGCACGCUCAUUUGGACCAAGGACCCGUCGCAACAGCUCGAACAGCGCGCGGCGUUCAUGGAACAGACGAACGAAUUACUCACGGCGCAAGAGCACGUCGCACUCUUCGUCGACGCUCCGGAUUACAUCCCCGUUGACUCUGACGAAGUGUACAAGAGCGCGCUCGCGCACGUCGUCGCGGGUGUCAUCGAUCGCAAACCCAUGCUCAUCGUCGACGCGGACGAAAUCUUGGAGCAAAUUCAGCUCGCCUCGACGCUCCCUGGCGAACUCAGCCGCUUCUCCGACGUCGCCGUCGAGCGCGCGGUGUGUCAAAUUUUGCUUGGUCGCAUUGAGGAAGCCGAGUACACUCUGGGUUUACACGACGAUACCGCUGAUCCGAGUCUCGUGCAAUACAUCGAGGAUCGCUCGCCGAAUGGAGAUCUCGCGGAGGGUAUGUGUGCGAUGGCGGAUCAGUGGCUGAUCGACGUCGCGUUCCCGCUCUUCCGCGGGACAGACGCACAACCCACGCCCACCAUCGAGGAUUGGUUCAACACGCCGAACGUUCAAGGAUUUGUGAGCCGAUUGGAUUCGAUGCCCGCGCUCGUUCGAAUCCAAGGCGCGAUCGAAUCGGCGAAGCGAGCCGUGGCUUCCGGCGUCGGUUCGAUUGCGACGGCUUUUCUUCCGACUCCGCCGGCGCUGCAGUUUGGUAUCUCCGAUACCCAACGCAGAGCCGUCGCUGUGGCAAAGAUUGGUGUCCUCGCCGGUGUAGCGUUCGUUCUCAACACGAAUGAGCCCGGUGCUGGCUCGCGACGAGUACCGCGCGAGCCCGCGCGGCGGUUCGCUCCGUUGCAAGCGGCUCGCGGCGCGCUGUCCAACGUCAAGUUGUUGACGCCGACACGACAAACCACGCCACGCCCGGCGCCCGUGUACACCAUGGACAAGGGUACCGCGGAGAAGAUAGUGCGCAAGUGGCAGACGGCCAAGGCGCAGGCUUUGGGGCAGACGCACAACAUGCGCCAGCUGGAAGGAAUCUUAGAGGGGCCGAUGUUGCAGCAAUGGCAAACGCGCGCCGAGGACGUCAAGGCGCACGGAUGGGCGUGGGAGUACCAACUGAAUGAACUGAGUAUCGACCACGUUCAAGCCGUUGGAACUGAGAAAGUUUUCGUUGAGACGACGCUCACUGAGGUCGCGGUGUUGAAGGAUCACGCGAAGAACGAACCAGAUGACGUGUACGAGAGCACGUACCGAGCCAAGUACGAGCUUAAAAAGUGUCGUCAAGGCUCGAAGAGCGAGUGGAAGAUCGUGGGAGGAAUGGUGAUUUAUUAA